AGAGUAUCCUGUCCUGUUUCUAGCAUGCUGUUGGCUGUGCCCUGUACGGAGCUUUGUUUCUUGCUGUUCUCUGACAAAGGGCUUGUUCUGUGCUCCACAUCUCACCCUCCUUGUGCAGCCUCUGGCUUCAACCACUGAAUCACAAAUACUCUCCAGCUGGGAAUCAGACCAGGGCAGAAAUGAAGAACCCAGAAGCCCAACAGGAUGUUUCUGUUUCCCAGGGAAUUCGCAUGAUGUUUUACAUGAUGAAGCCCAAUGAAACUUCCUUCCAAACCCUAGAAGAGGUCCCUGAUUACGUAAAAAAGGCAACUCCGUUUUUCAUUUCCUUGAUGCUGCUUGAACUGGUGGUCAGCUGGAUUCACAAAGGAAAGCCACCCGGUCGUUUGGAUGAUGCCUUAACAUCCAUAUCAGCUGGUGUUCUGUCUCGGCUGCCACACUUGUUUUUUAGGAGCAUUGAACUGACCAGUUAUGUUUACAUCUGGGACAACUACAGGCUCUUCGACUUGCCUUGGGAUUCUCCAUGGACUUGGUAUUUAACCUUCUUAGGAGUUGACUUCGGUUACUACUGGUUCCACCGCAUGGCCCAUGAGGUUAAUAUUAUGUGGGCCGGACACCAAACACAUCACAGUUCUGAAGACUAUAACUUAUCCACAGCAUUGAGACAAUCUGUCUUCCAGAUAUAUACUUCCUGGGUUUUCUAUUCUCCCCUUGCUCUCUUCAUACCACCUUCAGUAUACGCCGUGCAUUCUCAGUUCAAUCUUCUCUACCAAUUUUGGAUCUCAUCAAUAAUCUUGGUCCAUUGGAACUGAUUCUUAAUACUCCUAGCCACCAUAGAGUUCAUCAUGGGAGAAACCGUUACUGCAUAGACAAAAAUUAUGCUGGCACUCUUAUUAUUUGGGAUAAAAUUUUUGGGACCUUCGAAGCAGAGAAUGAAAAAGUUGUGUAUGGUCUAACACAUCCUAUUAAUACAUUUGAACCAAUUAAGGUGCAGUGCCACCAUUUACUUUACAUAUGGACUACAUUCUGGUCCACACCUGGAUUCUUCCAAAAGUUUUCUGUCAUAUUUAAAGGACCAGGAUGGGGUCCAGGUAAACCAAGACUUGGACUGAGUGAAGAAAUCCCAGAGGUCACAGGGAAAGAAAAGGUUCCCUUCUCAUCAUCUGCAUCUCAGCUAUUGAAGAUAUAUACAGUGGUACAGUUUGCUCUGAUGCUAGCAUUUUAUGAAGACACCUUUGCAUACACAGCUAUACUAUCACAGAUAACUCUUCUUCUGAGGGUUUGCUUCAUUAUCCUGACCUUGACCUCCAUUGGAUUUCUUCUGGACCAAAGACCCAAGGCAGCUACUAUGGAAACUCUUCGUUGCUUGGUGUUUCUAAUGCUCUAUGAAUUUGGUCACCUGAAGCCUCUUGUCCCUUCCCUGUCAUUCGCUUUUGAGAAAAUAACAGACCUACUGGCGAGCUUCAACCUAUCCCUGCUGACCUUUGAGAAAAACUGACUGAACAGAUCACUG